AUGCCUACCUCAACAGCCUGGCGACGGCGUGACGAGUCGACUCCACGACGAGGAAGCAGCCCAGCUCGUCCAGCUGCAGAUUCUAUCGAACGUCUCUCGCCCGAACCAUAUGCCGCUGCCACCUACACAUAUCCUGCUACUCCUCCAAGCACACACUACGCGAGCCGUGGGAGGAAGGAAUCUGGUAGUAACUCCUUGCAGGGUCUGGGACUGUCACAUACUGUCCUGACAGAUCGCCCAGUAGCAGACCAUGACCAUCUAUAUCUCGAUUCUAACGGCAGAGCUCAUCUCGGCGCUAAAAUCAAGUCUCCCAAACACAAUGAGUCCCUCUCACGGCCUACCACUUCCAGAAAUAUUGCUACUCAAUACCGCGGGCCACCGAAGCGCUCUCAUACAAGGGCAGCUUCAUCCAUGUCCAUUGACGACCUUGCGAACAUUGCCAUUGCCACAAGCCCGCACUUCAACAAUUCCAACUCGAACUUCUCUUUCAGCGGCAGUCCGCUUUUCCCUACCACCUCUCGGCCUAGCACCUCGUAUAUGAACGGCUACUCUUUAGAGUCUUUUGACCGGCCAGCAAAGAGGAUCAAGUCGGAAAGACUCUACUCUACGGAGUGGUCGAUACAGGAUGAAAGACCUAGGAGCAGUUACGUGCAAUCGGAGGACGCGAGGAAAGAGGAGGCCGAGCUGCUCUUAGGGAUCCAGAAAGGAUUUUCCUUCAAACAUGUUGUGGAAGAACGUAAACCUAUCGUUGCGAAGAUCGAGCCUAUUCAAGAAGAAACAUUGUUGCUGGACAUUGAUGAGUCUGCACCUGCCAAGGUACCUACAGAAGAGCAAGCGCAACAACCCACCGCCUCGGAAGGUGUGGCAGCGCCAGAGUCUUCGACACUUCAGCCUCAAGAGGAUUCCAUCACCCCAGUAAUAACUAAUGAGUCGACCUCAGACACUAUCCUGAUGACCGAUGCUGAUUCGCAGGACGUUGUUCAGAAAGAGGAAGACAUACAGGAGCCUCAACCUGACGAUGAGAUGGAACAAGAGGAAUAUGUGCCUUCGAUACAAGCUGCCACGGGCACAGCUGAAGAUGAUCAGAAACCAUCUGAAAAUCCUGAGGCGUCUCUGCCUGCGGUACCAGCAAUAGCCAGUGCACCGAAGCCAAAAAGAAUACCCGUCGAAGCCACACAGCACGUUUGUCCUGCCUGCAACCAGAUCAACUCAAACGCGAGCGAAGGAGAGUCUACGAUCCAGUGGAUCAAUUGUGAAGGCUCUUGCAAUCGCUGGUUUCACAUUCCUUGUGCUGGCUUUACUGGCCAAGGUGUGAAAAAGAUCGCAAAGUUUAUUUGCCCCGAUUGUGAGCCUGAGCACGGACAAACGACUUACACUCGUACCUCCUCGCGAGCACGAACUACACUAGAUUACGCCGCCCUCAAUGAAGGUGUCGCCUUGAGCAACGACGAUGAUACUCUGCAUCAUUUUGUGCCUAGGUUCAAGAAUGGCUCUCUUCAAUAUCAUCGUGACAAUUUUGCCAGAAUUCGGCCCGAACUUUUGACUCAAGAUUUGUGGGAGAACUUCGAUGGUAUGAAACGACCUUUCGUUGUUCCUGCAUUAUGGAAUCCACGUUUCGGUGAACCUGAAUCCUCCUGUGAACCCACAGAGGGCAGGAGAAUCCUUGACGACGCGGCAAAGUCAUUCAUCAGGUUCACAGACAAUGGAGAGGAGACCGACUCACAAGACGUAACCGAGCAGAUAGAGGAUGGGAUCAAUCCAUUGCAAUUCCCGGAAGAGCAGGAGAUAGAUGUUGACCAGGACUACCUAGAUAUGGUCAUGCCUCGUGGCCUCACUGUGCCACAAGUCGCUGAACUGUACGGCCCGGAUGAGGAUGUCCCCGUUAUCGAUGUCAAAACACAAGAAACCAAGGGCAGCUUUACCUUGCGCAAAUGGGCCACAUACUAUGCUGAACGGGGCAUCAAAGAGAUCAAGAACGUUAUUAGUUUAGAGGUCUCUCAUAGUCGACUGGGACGAUUGAUUCGAAGGCCUAAGGUCGUGCGCGACGUUGAUCUGGAAGACCAAGUCUGGGAUGCUGAAUCUCGUGUUGCAUCCAGUAAACGCCCUGUUGCGUUUUACUGUCUAAUGUCAGUCGGCGAUAGCUAUACAGACUUUCACAUCGACUUUGGUGGAUCUUCAGUCUACUACCAUAUCCUGAAGGGCAGGAAAACCUUCUUUUUUAUUCCUCCAGAAGACAAAUAUCUCAAAGAGUAUGAAAAGUGGAACAACACACCGAACCAGAAGCAAAUAUGGCUCGGAGACUGGUGCAAUGGCAACGUUACCAGGGUCGACUUAUACCCCGGUGAUACUGCUUUCAUUCCUGCUGGCUGGAUACAUUCUGUUUGGACUCCUGAGGACAGUUUGGUCAUAGGAGGCAAUUUCCUGACCAGAUAUGAUCUUGACAUGCAACUCAAGAUUGCUAACAUAGAACGAGCCAAUGGCGUUCCUGCGAAGUUCAGAUAUCCCUUCUUUCAGAAAGUCAUGUGGUACACACUAAUCAAAUAUCUUGAGGAUGAUCCUGUGCCAGAGGAUGUAAUCGAUGACUUUGAAGACGACUCCGAAUAUCGAUAUUUGCGGGCACUGCCUGUAUGGCAAGACCAGGAUAACACUUCGCCGGAGUUUGAACCAGAUGACAGUGAAUACAAUGCCCGUAAUUAUUCCAAAUCCGAAUUGCGAGGUCUGCCGGCGCUCAGAGACUAUUUGUACCGUACAGCUAGAAUACAUGCAGAGUUGCCAGUCGUUCCUGGUGUCAGCAAGGAACAAGGGAAAAAAGUCAAGGCAUCGAUACCCAAAGGUCAUGGCGAUCCUUUUCAGCUAAUUUGUCUAUUCGCGGUAUGGGUGGCUUGGAAGAGAGGCAAUGAAGUCGCACCAGACUGGCUACAUAUUGAUCCUAUUACUCAGGACCACGGGACGAAGGAGAGGUCACGGAAGGCUGAGAAGAUACGCAUACCACCCGAAAGAGCCUCGACUCGUAGAAUUCGGCCUACAAGUCCUGCGUCGACAGAGCGCCAAGACACGCCAGACACCGAUGAUGCUAGCCCAGCCACCUCUGACAGCACUAAGUUUUUGUGGCGAAGGAUCGCGUGUGCAGCGUGUAGAAAGAAGAAGCUACCGUGUCGACACCCAUACGGCUUGAAACUUGAGGAAACAGCUCAACAAACACUCGAAAAGCCGAGGAGCUAUGCAAACGUCAAUAUUGACGUCGCAAAACUGGCAAGGGCAACACAACAAGCGCCUGUCGCGUCUGUAGUGAAUUCGGUGGAAGGACCAGCGGCCCCACUCUCUGCUCCACAAAUUACACCACCUGCAUCAACCCUCGAUGAAAGUGCCAUGGAAAUUUCUAUUAACACCGAUCUUGCUCAAGCGGCUCUCGAACGCAUGUCAUCACAACCUUCUGAAUCGAAUGGACCGACAAUGAAUGGUGUCGCAUCCACUCCAAAUUCGGCAAAGAAAGGUCGCAGCAAAGCUUGCGAUGAUUGUCGCAAGAGCAAGCGCCGCUGUGUUCAUGAUGAACACGGAAGAGUUGAUCCGGCCAAGGCUGCUGAACCUUCUAAGCCUCGUGGGUCUACUAGCUCAAAGCGCCCUGUACGACUGAGCGACGACCAUCUGCCGAAAAGACAGAAAACAGAAGAUGAUUUCGCGGUUGAUGCUUCAGUCAUCGAUCCUGCACUCAUCGGCUCCAUCGAUCCAUCGCUAGGUCUACAAUUAAACCACUUUCGUUCAGGAUCAGAUGUGAGUGCUUUCGCGCCCUCAAUCGAGCAUCGCGACAACCAUGUUGCACCAAUUCAACCACCAGCUCAACACAUUGAGCCAGCAUUUGACCCUGCUCUGGUAGAUCCGGCUUUGAUGCAGCCUAUUACAGAGACUCCAGCUACCGCGCCAAACUAUCCCAGUGACGCGCCACCAAUGGUAUUUCCAAAACUGUCGACGACAUCAGCAGGCACCCCGGAUGUGGACAAGAGUUUCUCGCCCAUUACUGCAGAGGAUGCAACCGAUGUAACAUCAAAACGUGAGUCUGAAGAACAACAAUUACCUAUCAUCAAACCUGAAGUGGAUGCAAACACCAUCGUUGUCAGUACUGCGCAGGCAUUAACGAAUGGCAUCUCCCACUCAGAAACGGGACUAGAAGUUGACUCAAAUUCGAAGCAGGAGAACCACAGCCAGAACAAGUCGGGCACAGUCAACAGCACAUUCACGAAGCGAGAACCCUUGAGUCCGUCGAACCAUCGAGCUAACCAUCGUGCCUCGCCUGUAAGUGACGCCGCGUUGCUCGAACGGCGAAACGGUUCUGGAACGAACAGCGAAACAAGUCCACCAGCGAUAAAGCGUGAGACAGAGAGUCCAGAGACGAAGAGAGACAUGUCAACAACGAAAACAUUGGAGUUUAGCCGAGCGGACACUGCCACGAGCGAUAUAAGCUGUCUGGAAGGGAAUGCGAGCGAGAAACUUGCUAGAGAAUUACAGGCGCAAGAGCAUGGAUUGAGGCGUAGGCAAGGUGUGCGAAUUUCUUAG